AUGGAGACGCUAGGCCGGUUUUGUCGUGCUAUUGCAAGGAAGAAAACAAUUGAUAACAAGACAUUAAAGGACUCCCAACUCAAAAGGGGACUCAACAUCUUUGAUCUGGUCGGAAUAGGUGUUGGUGGAUCUCUAGGCAUUGGUGUUUAUGUGAUCAUCACCCACGUGGUUAAGCAUCAGACUGGUCCUUCUACUGUGCUGUCCGUCUUGUUUUCUGGUGUAGCAGCUCUGUUAUCAGCCAUAUGUUAUGCCGAGUUCGCCAUGCGUCUUCCACGUGCAGGCGGGUCUUACCUAUAUACCUACGCCGUGCUCGGAGAAUUGUGUGCCUUCACUGUAGGAUGGACAAUGGUACUAGAGCACAUCAUAGGAGCAGCAGCAGCGGCCAAGGCGUGGAGCCAAUACUUAAACGUACUGAUGAACGGGACGGUCGAUAGAUACUUCGAAGAACAGCUUCACUGGUCGUUAGGUCCCGGUGCGUCAGACAGCCCAGAUAUUGUCGCUUGUGCUCUCGUAAUUGUUGCCUUGGGUAUUGUCAUUCUUGAUGUCAAGGUUUCUGCAGUAAUAAGCUGUAUAUUUACCUUUAUCAACGGACUCGUGAUCCUAUGUUUGAUGUGUGUUGGCUUUUUCCACGUUCGACACGAGAACUGGACGGACCCGCCGGGUUUCUUUCCCUAUGGCUUUACAGGGGUUGUUAGUGGUGCUGGUACGCUUUUCGUGGCCUUUUCGGGUGUCGAAGUGGUGGCAAGCAGUACAGAAGACACAAAGGAACCUCUGAAGGUCACGGUCAGCGCCAUAUUUACCACAAUGGCAGUCUGUUUCGCCACUUACUUUGGCGUAACUUGCGCCCUAACUCUGGCCUACCCAUGGAGCAAACUCACGGACGAAGUUGCUCUACCAUUAGCUUUUGAGGCAAGGAACAUUGACGGAUCGAAAUACGUGAUUGGGAUAGGAGGAAUAUGUGGAUUGAUUGCGUCUACACUCGGAUGUAUAUUUGCCGUUCCUAGAAUAUUAUAUGCAAUGUCAAACGACAAAGUUAUAUCCAAAUGCCUUGGCCAUAAUCCUGUUUGUAAAAAUAAAUCGGGCAUAUCGUGUUUUGGUGUGGUGUUUGGAGGAAUUGUGUCGGCAGCGUUUGCUAUGUGUUUCUGUCUAGAAGUUCUGAUCGAAAUGAUGGCUAUCGGAACCCUUUUAUCAUUCUCGAUGGUGUCUCUGUGUGUGUUGUGUCAGCGGUAUCAGCCAACCCAUAUCGGCUUGUACCAGGAGUAUGAUUCAAUGGACGAUAGUCGGUAUAUGCAAUGUACAGAAUUUGUUUAUGAUUUACCAUACAGUUCCGGAAGUUAUUCCACAGAUAUACCACCUAGGCUUAAAAGUCGUUCGCACCAAAACAUGUGUGAUGGAACGGAAUCUCAGCCACUCACUAGUGGUGUGCAAAGAGGUAUGACGUAUCAGAAAAUGGACAGCGUUGUCAAGACAACAUCUUCCGGAAGUAUCAGCAGUCUAUUUCAAGUUCCCAAUGACAUUCCACUAGAACCUACAAGUAGAACGUUACGUACAGCUUCCAUAGCUCUUGUUGUGUAUAUAGUCUCGUGUCUAGUGCUAGCCUUGUUUGUCAAGCUUGCCGGAUGUUACGUCACAAACGUGUCGUGGUGGGCUUUAGUUGUAAUACUUUGUUGUGCGGUAUCCUUGGUUACAACGACAAUAUUAAUAACCAAACAGCCACAAAAUCAGACCCGACUGAUAUAUCGUGCUCCUUAUGUUCCUUUUGUGCCAUUGACAUCCUUACUGCUGAAUAUUUUCAUGAUGACGUCAUUAUCUUAUACCGUGUGGCUGCGGUUUUCCCUAUGGUUACUUGUAGGUUUGCUUCUGUACUUUGUUCAUGGAAUUCACUCCAGCGCGGAAAGCAACGUUGACGAACAAGAAGUGGUGUUAUAUGCAAUAGGAGAACAAGAUGAAAAUUAA